AUGGGAUUGACAACGCGCCCGUCAUGGACUUGGCGUAAUGCGUGCCGUGCGCUCCUUUUCCAUUUACAAAGAGUACGCGGGGUUUUUUUCCAGCACUGGUUUAACUAA